CCCGUUUCUAGUGUGCGAUGAAUCUUCCCUGUUUUGUCAUGCCAUUAUUUUAGGAUGCUUUCAUUGACUGUCUGUGUGUGUAUUCUUGUGCUUGGCUCCGAGGUUUCCCUCGAACGUCGAUCGUGCGAACACACAACAACAAACCAAAGUGAAUCGAAAGUACUCGGUGUCAUGUCGCGAAAGGGAUAUAAAAGACACUUCUGGGACUCAGCAGAGUCGGUUCCACGCUCCACAUCUUAUGCCUACAAGAGGAAACUUCAAGAUCAAGCCACAAAGCCAGUAGGGAGCAGUGGUCAUGUAUUGGCAAACGUUCCCGCCGAGGAAGGACCUGCUGCUACUGCCGGUCCCUCACGCAUGACAUAUGAGACGUUUGCAUCGCCGGAGACCGUGGAAGUUACCGGCCAGGUUGAUAUGCCAACGUGCGCUGAGAGCAGCACCGAAUAUGCCUCAGCGGAUGAAGCAGAAGAUGACUGUUCUCCAGUGCGUGAGUCAGAGUCAGAGUCUGACACAGACGAAUCUGAAGACGAUGACAGUGACCUGCGUGUGCAGCAACCAGACGAGCUGGAUGAACCACUAUAUCAAGGCUGCCGACUGUCUCUAGCUGAAAGUCUUCUGCUGGUGAUGGGAUUCAUCCUACGGCACAAGGUGACAAAAGAGGCUGCGCAGAGUCUUGCCAUGAUAGUACAAGCACACUUACCUGCCGGAACAAGCUACCCAGCUACCAAGUACUUGUUCAAAAAAUAUUUUGAUACAUGUGCAAAGCCACCGGACCAUCAUUUCUAUUGCUACUGUGGAGCGUACCUUACUGACAAGUCGGGUAAUUGUGUAUGCAGUGAGUGUAGCCGAUCCCUGGACACUAAAGAACUUCUGAACAAAGGACAAUACUUCCUGUCAUUUGAUUUGGAGAGUCAGCUUACAGAAAUGCUCAAGAAAUUUGAGGCAUCUCUUCUGAAGCCUUCGCCAAGCAUUAACAUGACAGACAUCCACCAAAGCCCAGCAUACAACAGCCUACCAGUUGGAAAAAAUGAUGUCUCUCUCACUUUCAAUACUGAUGGUGUACAACUUUUUGAGUCCUCACAAUUCUCCAUCUGGCCAAUCACAGUGCAGGUCAAUGAACUACCAUUUAAAGAGAGGCUCCUGCACCCCGCUGUCGCAGGCUUGUGGUUUGGAAAGACAAAGCCCAACUUCAAAGCGUUCUUCCACCCUUUUGUGAAGACCAUGAACAGGCUAUCAACACAAGGAUUUAAGUGGUCAAAUGCAGAAGGAGAAGUUACCACCAAGGUAUUUCCAGGCCCGUGCACUGUGGACAGUGUGGCAAGAGCCCCCCUGGUAAAUAUGCACCAAUUUAAUGGGAGGUUUGGGUGCCUUUGGUGCUUUCAUGAAGGGGAAGUUAUUGCUAAAGGAAGAGGACACACAAGAGUGUACCCCAUAACUGAUCGUGAACACGCCAUUCGCACUUCUGCUUCCGUCUACAAGGAUGCAACAAAGGCAAGGCAGAGAAAUGAACCUACUCGUGGAAUCCUCGGUCCCAGUGUUUUGUUCCUGCUCUCAUAUUUUGACAUUUGUAAAGGUGUCGUCGUCGACUACAUGCACACUGUGUGUCUUGGUGUAGUCAAGGCAACAACAGUCAUGUGGCUUACUAAUGCAUCUCAGCCUUACUAUUUGAAGCCCAAGCUUGGUGAAGUGAAUCAACGCAUUCUAAAUAUCAAGACUGUUGCUGAAAUCAGUCGUCUCCCGCGCAAAGUAACUGACUACAACAUCUGGAAGGCAUCUGAAUGGCGUGCUUGGCUGCUCUUUUAUUCUGUUCCUGUCCUCACAGACUUGCUCCCCAAAAAGUACUUAAAAAACUGGAAAAAGCUAGUUAUGAUUAUGCAUAAACUGCUGUCCUUCAAUGUAAAUCUUGAAGAGCUUGACAGUAUCCAAGCUGAAGUCCUCUCAUUUGCACGCCGGUACCAAGCGCUCUAUGGCACAGCAAGCAUGACAUACAACAUGCACUUAGUAACACAUUUAGUGCUGUGUGUCAAGAACUGGGGGCCUCUCUGGGCAUAUUCGAAUUUUCCUUUUGAACAUUUCAAUGGUGUCUUAACAAGGAUGUGUCAUGGAACACGACAUAUUGAGUCACAAAUCGCGUACGGCUUGAGCAUAUGGAAUGGUCUGCCUGCAUUGUGUCGUGACAGAUCAGUAUUUAGAGUUUGUACAGAGGCACGUAAGCUGUGGCAGUCCUUUAUUGUUGCAAGCAGUUUGCAAAUUGUGUCGUGUAGCAACGAGCAUAUCAGAUUCACAGGCAAAGUGGCAUACUUCAUCUUCUACGUUGUUUCCUGUCAGAAUGCGCGGAGCUGUGAAGACGGAGGCUAUGCAGCUAAUAUUACUGUGCAUUGCCAGAAACGUUUGCCGCUGGUGAAUUCUUUGAACGCCGACAUACUCACCUGA